ACAUUUUGGAUUCCACGGCGGGAGGAUUGCUUGUCCACCUCGGCUGCGUCCCGCUUUGUACCGGAAGUGCCCCGCUUGAUACCGGAUGUGUCCCGGCCUUAUUGGAAUGCGGAAGUGCUACUGUUUGCUCCAGGCUGCCGAACGACUGGUUCGCUAAAAAGAAAAAGUUAGCCGUGGCGAUGGAGAGCGUCUUGGUGAGGGACAACCCGCUUCUUCUGCCCCUCAACAAGGAGAGGACGGUGUACGACGGAUUCAUCACAGUCCAGCGCGUGCCCGUGUCACGUCUUUACACUCCUCUGCUGUCGCUCUUCCAGGAGCGGGACUUCCGGCUGAGAGUGCUCCUACCCCCGGAUCGCGCAUUUAAACGUGCUAGGCUGCACUGCUGUUGGCGGCUGAAACACCUGUUGCAGGGGUACGAAAACAUCGUGAAGCAGAGGCUGCAGCAGUCGGCGGAUCUCGUCACUUUCAUUCUGGAGCUGAAGACCGUCUUGGAAGUUGUUCUGAAAAGCCGCCCCGACUGCCGCUCCAUCCCGCCUCCACGGUACUACUCCCAGCUCAUCGCUGAGAUGGAGACCCUCGGCUGGGGCAGGCUGCUCUUCAUCGACACCGAGUUCCGAACGCUGAGACUGAAGGCGGAGGACUCGUCAGGACGGGAGCACGUCCUCACUGUGACACUCAAGUCCAGGGACCGGAUCACCUCCAUCAGACGGCGCGACGCGGCGGCUCGGCGCCGACCCGAGCGACGCCAAGCGGCGCGGCGGGAUGUUCAAUCUGCUCGCAGCAAAUCGCAUCCCGCAGAAGCUCCCGGAUGCUCGGCCGACCUGCCGGUGCCGCUGGCCAUAACCUGGACUCCACAGACGACCCUGGACCAGCUCCACGGGCAGUUCCUGCUGGUUCUGGAGUCCCUGGCCGAGUUCUGGGGCGUCCUGGACGAGAUCGACGGCAAGACCUGGGUCCUGGAGCCGGAGCGGCCGAGCCGGGCCGACACCACGAGGCGGAUCGCCAUCGGAACCAACGUGUCCAUCAAAGUGGAGGUGGACCCCAAACACCCCAAGAUGCUGCCCGAGUGCUGCCUGCUGGGAGCCGAGCACGCGGUGGCGCCGCUGAGGGACAAGCUGAACGCCAACAUGCACCUGUGGAACCCGGACGCCGGCGUCUUGCGCAACCUCCGGGAUGUUUUGGAGAUCGAAUUCCCGUCACCAGUCACCCACGAAAAAUCGAGCUUCAGCAUCGAGUGUGGGAUCUGUUACUCCUAUCGCCUUGAAGCUGCCAUCCCGGAUCAGGUGUGCAAUGACCCCCGCUGUGGCCAGCCCUUCCACCAGGCCUGUCUGUAUGAGUGGCUGCGGGCGCUGCCCUCCAGCCGCCAGAGCUUCAGCAUCGUCUUCGGAGAGUGUCCUUACUGCAGCAAGCCCAUCACGGUAAAGAUGGUGGCGCAGCAGUCCUGAGGCGGGAUUUUAAAAGAGUGCACUUUGGCAAACCGCCAGGAAAAGGAAGAC